AUGUCUUUGAAUGCACAACUACCCAGAGCAUUCAAGGUAUUUCCACAGGGUUUGCGAACCACAAAAAAGCUUGAGACAAUUGUUUAUCCUGUAUCUAUAGUCACCACUAAUGGCGAUGAUAAGGAUCGGGCACUAUCUCUCAAAGAUGAUACGAUGGAUAUAGUAAUUCCUGACGAAUUUACCAGAGGGGAAUUAGAAAAGUUCUCUGAUGGGGCUCCUUACUUACCUUCGACGUUCAUUGGCUAUCGAAUUAGAGUAGAACACAAUGGAAACUCUAAAAAGAUAGAUGGACUGCUUGUUCCGGCAUCUUCAGCUCCUUUGUGGGCCAUUUUUUAUUUGAAUGAGGGGCCGAACGACAUUGAAGAGCAGAUUUCUAGAUCACUGACCGAUUUUGCCGUUGCUGAUGUUUUGGAAUUCUUUCAAUCCACUGAUAUUGUUAUUCGUGACAAGUUAGAAAUACCUCCGGAGAUUCAGCAGUCGGAAAUAGUACGCAGCUUCUCAAUGGCACCGUCUCCUUUCCAAGCAACACCUCUGGAGCAAAUUGAGGGUUCUGUGGAGACGGUAGACCCCCAAGAAUUCCUCGGUACCAGGUAUUUCACCAUGCUUUACAAGCAGUCAAUGCCCCUUGAGUUUUUUACUAAAUCAACGCUACCAAGAGUUCAGAUACUAUCUCAUUCCAAUACCCAACUUUCCAAGGACAGUAUAUCACAGUUAGUGAUUGGUUCUAUAGCAUUAUUUGACAAGCGUCACAGCUUCACUCAAAUGGUUAACGAUGAUGAUUUCAGCAUGGAUAUUUUCAAGGAGAAGUGGAUCGACAACCAGAUUCUGCUUGAUCCAAUGGAACUUACUUAUAGGCUUGACUUUUUUCAUGAAAUGUGCGGUAAGACGGCUUCUUUAGAUAACGAGGGGUUUACGUCUGUGCUAACUAAGUUGAAGAUUCGUGACGCUAAACUUCAGAUCUUGCUUGGCUUGGAGUUACUUUAUCUAUUUAAUUUGAUGGAGACUGAAAUUGGGAGUGAAUCUGCCAAAAGAAUGAGUCCUAAUUUGAUGGCAAAACGACCAAGACUCGUUAGAUCUGGUUCAGCCUUAGUUGGACACAAAAAGAGACUUCUGCCAACUUUUAUUGGUACUGCCAUUCCUGUUGAUACUCAAUUUACUACAGAUUUUAGAAGAAUAGUAUCACAGCAGCCUAUUGCUCUUGACAAGGAGUCCAUAAUCAGGUUGAUCAGAGGCCUAUUUGACAGACUCUGCGUUUGGGAUGCCAUCUUGGGAGUAACCGAAAAGAGUGACGACUCUUCAUUCGUAUUUCUCAAGACAAGUGUAAUUCCUUUCUAUGCUAAGAAACAUCACAGGCUUCUGAAGGAACUAGUAAAAAGAUCCAAGGGACUUUCACCUUCACAACAUACCAAGCGUCAUCGUAGCCAUCACAAACAUCAUUCUCGGCAGUCCCAGCAGUCUCAGCAAUCUCAGCAAUCUUCUCGCCGCAGCUCUCAAAGUCUUUCUGACUAUUCAAGGCCCAGGAUCGCUAGAAGAACAAGUAGUCUGGCUGGAUUACCAGGACUUAAAUUCAAAAGAACGUCGUCCAGUUUUGUUUCUCAAGAAGAUUUGUCUAAAAAGACUUUUGAAAUGGUGAAAACAACGUCUUUCUCGCAAUUAUUCAAGCACGGUUCGCAGUCACCACCCCCGUCUCUUCCUACGAAUAGUGAGAACUCUAUAUUCAAUCACAGCAGAAAAAGAAAAUUGGUUCCUCCGGAGAGAUCUGAUUCCAGGAAGGGGGCUAAGAAGGAGGUCACCGAAAUUAAGGUGACUCCACUAAAGAAACGUCACUAUGACAUUCGGAGUAACGAGGUCGUACAGAAGUCAUCACCUUUGCAUCCUCUUAAUGAGGCAUCAAUAGAGUCUUCUUCACCUUUCAUCAAGGCUACUCCUUCUGUUAAAUUAUCCAAGAGCUUAAAACCGACAGAGACUAUGGUUGUUGACUCAUCGCCUCUAAACUCUUCUCCUCUGAGAAUGAAAACAACCGCAUCAUCUUCACAAAUACAUAAAGAAGCAUCAGGAGCAGAGUAUGUAUCCUCUUCACCAAUCGAUGGUCAUCUACCUAAACCUAAGAUUCCGAUACUGACUUCAUCGCCUAUCAGAUCAGAGGAUGAAGCUUCUACUAAAACUAUCAACAGUUAUAUGUCCGAACAUAAGCAUACAAGGCGGAAACUUAGCUUCAAGUGA